UCAGCCACAAACACACACUGAUUGACAGGACCCCAUUAACACUGAACAUUUAAAGGGGAAGUCGGUACAGCAUAUGCCAGGAUGUAAUUAUCAUACAGAGCGCUUAGUCGCCGAAAAACUGUGACUGUUCCUUUAAGAGGUCUCUCCCUACACUCCCUCGUUCUGAAUGUUCCUCACAACCAAACUGCCUCUUCAGUAUAUUUUGGAGUGUGACAUUCACCACUUCAGGUUCUAUUUAAGGUCUUGAGAUAUGACCAUAUAGAGGAACAAACUAUACGACACAAAAACUUUCAUGAUCCAGGGAAAGAGUAGAAAAAUCUAUCAACCAAACAGCUUUCAUCUUACAGAGACUGAAAUAUGCUUCAAAGGCGGCGAGUCUGAAAAACAGCUGAUCCUCAGCACUUUUUCCUUUGAUGAAUUUGCACGCUUUAGAGAACCGACUUUUUCCCCUUUCAUGAAGUAUUUGACAUCUUAUCGUUCUGUUCAGAGCGGUGGACAUAACGACAUAAUUGGACUUGGAGACAGCACAUAAUGGGCUGUAACCUUGAGUGAAGUCUAAAGCCCUACAGAAUUCUGGGAAACAUUUUUAAAUGAUAACGAAUUUUUCGCAGUCCAGCUAAAAAGAAACCAGCAUGUUUGUGCCGAGCAGAGAGCUUCAUCAUGAUAACACGCCUAAAUGUACCACAUCCGUCUCUCAUGUCCAGCACCCUGAACUGAAUGUCACAAACCCUCCUGGAUCUACCAACAAACCAAAACAAAAUGGAUUUAGGAAGAUCUGUUCCACUGGAGAACCAAGCCCAUGUCCAAUCCCAGGACUGGGAUCCGGGGUGCUGGAAAUGCGAGUGAAGGAGGGGAGCAAGAUCCGAAACCUUUUGGGCUUUGCCUUGUCUCGAUUGCAAGCCGACGGACACGAAUCUGCAACGUCCCAUGUUCUGUUUAGCGGAAUGGGACGUGCCAUGACCAAAACCAUCACAUGUGCGGAGAUAAUGAAACGCAAAGUGCAGGGUUUACACCAGGUGUCAAAGCUUCAAUAUAAGACGGUAACUGAAUUGUGGGAGAGCCUUGAGAGCGGCCAGUCGGUUCAGAUGACCAUACACAGAACUGUUCCUUCUAUUUGCAUUCUUCUAUCCAAAGAACCACUAAACCCGCUCGAGCCAGGCUACCAGCCUCCAGUGGAGAAAGUAGCUCUGUCAAAAGAGGAAAACGAGGGGGAUGGAUCGCAAGAGUCUGGAAACCCAGAGAAAAGACUUUACAGUCCUUAUUCUCAUGAGGUUCUGCCCAGUAUAAAGAGAGCUGCUCUGGGACAGGACAGUUUCCCAACUAAGAAAAAAGUGAAAAAAUUAUAAAGAUGUAAUUAUUAUAAAGGAGGGGUCCCUUAACAUGUAUAUUUUGUUUAUAAAUAUGAAUAAGGUAUCAUGUUGUUGUAUGCUAAACUGUCAUACAUGUCAAAUUGGCCACAUUAGAAUGCAAAAAAAUGAAUGUGUAAUUUAUGUGAUUAUCGCAUGUUCAGUUGUAUCUUUGCUAGUUUAAUUGUCAAUACUUUAAU